CCGGCCCCGCCCACGGCCGCCCAGACGUGCCGCGCGACGACCCACAAUCCCCGCCGCGCGCUGCUCUCCCGCUGCCGCCCGUUACGCCGAGCCGCCUACCUGCUGGACUCCGCGCUGGCGCCGGGCCCCCGCCGCCGGUGACAUGCUGCAGAAGCCGAGGAGCCGGGGCCGCCCUAGCGCCCAGGCCGAGAGGGUGAGGGAGGGGGGCCGCGGCGGAGACGGCCGGGCCCCGAGAGGCGGUGUCGCCGAGGAGGCCCCGAGCACCUCCCGCGGCCCGGGCAGCUCGCAGGAAGCCCGCUGCCCCUCGUCGCAGGGCGGCCGCCGGGCCGAGGCCUCCCCCGCGGUGGGGCCCCGCUCCCAGAAGCAGCUGGAGCUGAAGGUGGCGGAGCUGGUGCAGUUCCUGCUGAUUAAGGACCAGAAGAAGAUCCCGAUCAAGCGGACGGACAUCCUGAAGCACGUCGUCGGGGACUACAAGGACAUCUUCCCGGACCUUCUCAAACUGGCCGCCCAGCGCCUCGAGUACGUCUUCGGGUACAAGCUGGUGGAGCUGGAACCCAAGAGCAACUCCUACAUCCUCAUCAACACGCUGGAACCCGUGGAGGAGGAUGCCGAGGUGAGAGGCGACCAGGGCACGCCGACCACCGGCCUGCUGAUGAUUGUUCUGGGGCUCAUCUUCAUGAAGGGUAACACCAUCAAGGAGACCGAAGUGUGGGACUUCCUGCGUCGCCUGGGGGUGUACCCCACAAAGAAGCAUUUAAUUUUUGGGGACCCAAAGAAACUGAUUACCGAAGACUUUGUGCGGCAGCGUUACCUGGAGUACCGGCGGAUACCCCACACUGACCCCGUGGACUAUGAGUUCCAGUGGGGCCCGCGAACCAACCUGGAGACCAGCAAGAUGAAAGUUCUUAAGUUUGUGGCCAAAGUCCACAAUCAAGACCCCAAGGACUGGCCAGCGCAGUACUGUGAGGCUUUGGCAGAUGAGGAGGCCAGGGCCAGGCCUGAGACGGGUGGCCCAGCCCCGUCCUCUUGAAUCUGAGAGAUUCUCAGGGACUCCUGGGGGAAGGGCCAAGGGCACAGGGCUGGGGGCGGGGGAACAUAUUUCUGUAACACUUAAAUGUGUGUAGCUUUAGGAUGUGUUUGCAAACUUUUGUUAAUAUUAUAAAUUGGUUGCAAAUUUUCGUUUAUGAAAAUAGGGGAGGAUUUAUUUCGUUUUGAUUUGUUUUACUGUCUGUAUUUUUUGGUAUAAAAACUUUGCUAGCUUUAUGAAACUAAUUGGAAAACUUCGUAUCCUGAUCUGGAAUAGAUAUUUAAGAAAGGCACAUCAGUAAAUUGCUUUGGUGUCUAGAAUAUAAAAGCUAGGUGGCUAUUACCUGGCCUCUUAAACUACCAGCUACCCCAGUUUGUAAAGAAUAAUGAAAGUCUUUAUAAGUUGAAAAAAAAAAGUAGUUACCUAUAUUCUUUUUUACCUUGACACAGCGAUUUUAUUUAUGUGUUUUCUCUGUAUAUAAGCAUUAUGCAUCGUUCUAAGUAGUGUAUGGCAUUUUCUCCGAAUGACAGUUUUUUUACGUUCAUAAUUACUACUCAGCUCUGUGGCUGACCAUUUAUUUCCAUUUAGUUUUUCCCUACUAUAGUUAUAAUAAAUAUAUCUUUGAAGCAAUUAAGCAUUGUGCAUUUUUUAAAUCGUGAGUCAUGAGAAAUUAGUUUGAUUCAAAACCAUCUUAAAAAAAAGAAUUUUUGCUACAUAUUAUUAAGGUAAAUAGUGUUUUGUAUUGGAUCAUGGUGUAAAAUAUAUUUCUUACUUUGUGUCAUAAAAAAGUUGAUAGUCUUUAAUGAUUAACCAUGCGACCGGGCCCCACAUAACUAGCUACAUGAAUUUAGGCAGGUUGCUUACUUGUCUACAGACGUCUCCUCACCUGUGAAAUGGGCUGAAAUGCCUGUAUUAUUCGUGGUAGUGUGAUUAUCAGAUACAGAAGUAUUUGUACAGUUCUUGGCACAGUGCCUGGUGUGGAGGAUUGUAGGUGUUAUUUUGUUCCUUAAAUUUUUUAAAUUUGUUUUUCAUUCUCCUUGAUCUGGAGUAGUUAAUUUUUUUAAGGUUUCUUUCAUUAUCUUGUUCUAAAUCAUUCCUACAAUGGGAAUUACUGGUUCAAAAGUUAUGACAGUGUUCUCGUCUGACUCUGUUGUGUGGUUUUAUGGGAAAACAACUCAUGGUAUAAAAUGAGUAUAGCUUGCAUAGAACAUAAGAGCAGGGAAGUUAGAGUAACAUCUCCCCUGGGCUUUGGGAGGUCAUUGAAGUACGGUGAAUAGGAUAUGGUUUUUGAGGUUCUCUGACAAACUGAGUUAUGGCUCAUGCUAUGUCAGCAGAUUUGGGGUAGGUUUUAGGCUUUCUGAAUCUCAAUUUCUUCCCAUCUGUAAAAUGGGAAAAAUAACACCUAUAUCGUAGUUUGUUAUAUGGAUUAAAUGAGCCCAAAGUAAAGAGCUCAUUGUCUUCUCUCAUUGUAUUCCGCCAUAGCCUCUGGCAAAAUUUUGUUUAUGUGCAGAGAUUCAGUGGGUGAAUAAGUGUAAUUGUUCUGGGAGCAGGUACUGCAAAUUAACCAUGAAAUGAGGUAAAUACUUUAGCUCAAAAUAAAAGUGUGGACUUGAUCAACAAUGGACUAAAUGUCAUCUAGAAGAGUCUCUGGUGGGGGUGUGGCGUAUGGAGGAUUGUGAUAGCUUCCUGGGUUUUAUUUCAUUCUGUUGAAUUGAAAUUUGCAUUUAUGUCAUCAAUGGAGAGUAUAGUGUGUCCUUGAAGGUGUUGCUGAUUUGCUUUUUAUUUUCGUAUGUAGAUCACCUCUGGCUAAGCAUCCUGCGUACUGGUCUCUACCUCACUGACUGCUUUCCCCUCUGGUGUGUUCUAAUACUGGCAUUUUUAUCUGUAUGGUGAAAAUUAUCAUAACCCCACUGUCAUUAUCAGUUAGUUACAUCUGAGGCAAAUAUUUUCUCCUACACUUUUCUCAUAGAGAUGUUAAUUUACCAUCAACGAUUUAUUACUUUCAGAUUUUGAAUUUAAAACAUUACAGACCAAAUUUAGUCCUAUCUUUUCUUCUCACCCUUCCCAGAGGUGUUGAAAGCUUGACUAUCAUGCCAUUGUAUGAUAUACUUUUACUAUAUGAACAAUAUAUAGUAGUAGUUUGUGAGCUUUUAUUAUAAGUGGUAUUAUACUGUAUCCUUUUGCAACUUGCUGUUUUCACUCACCGUUGUUUUUGAGAUUCAGUUCCAGAUCUGAAAAUUUGGCUUUUCCAGCCAUUCUGUGUGUAUGUAGUGACAAUUUAUUGUAGUAUUAACUUGCAUCUCUUAUUAGUGACAUUAAGCAUCUUUUCUUCUUAUCUUUUGCCUUUUUUUGCCAUUGUAUUAUUGAACAUCAGUAUAUGUUCUGCAUAUCAAUCCAUUAUCUGCUAUAUCUAGUGCAAAUACCUUCUCACAUUUUCACCUUUUUUUUUUGGUCAUACAGAUGAUUUGAUUUUAAUGUGUCAAAAUCACCAGUCUUAAGGGCUGUGUUUUUUGUGUAGUGCUUUAAAAAAUUCUCCCUAAUCCUGAUAUUGUAGAUAUUUUCUAAUAUUUUCUAGUAAGCGUUCGAAGUUUUGACUUUCAUAUUUAUGUUUUUAUGUUUUUGUGUAUGAUUUAUGUGAGGUAUGGGUAUAAUUUUCAUAUUUUUCUUAUGUGGAUUGCCUAGCACCAAUUUUUCAUAGUUUAUCCUUUCCACACUGAUUUAUAUUAUGUAGCAGUGUCUCAUAUAUAAAUAAAAUUAUGGCCAGAACGGAA